UCGGCCAUGUUGUCUUUCUUUCUGUUUUUUGAAGUGAAGUAGCCAACAUGGGUUUCGCAAAUCUUUGGUACUCGCAUCCAAGAAAAUACGGCCAAGGUUCCAGAUGCUGCCGCGCCUGUUCUAACCGUCAUGGUCUUAUCCGGAAAUAUGGCUUGAACAUUUGCCGUCAAUGCUUCAGAGAAUACGCCAAUGAUAUUGGUUUCAAGAAGCUGGAUUAAUUUGCAACUGACCACAAAACAAUAGUUUAAAUGUUCGCAGCGAUGUAAAUAUAUAUGUUGCUGCAACUAUAAUUUAAAAAAAAUCACAAUUAUCACCUGCAGAUUAAAUACUAGAAAGUAUACAAAUAUUUUAACAUUCGCACUACUUAUGAAGUGGGAAGGAAACUGUAUAUUAUUUACCACCUACAGGUGAUAAUAAAUUUUAAUUACAUAAAAUA